CCGGGAACUACCUCUUACUCUGCUAUUGGGCCACUGGGUCACGUGGUAAAAGUAACUUUACAGGGCUGCUCGCAAGUAGGAGGGCUUUAUGGAGCAGAAAAACGACAAAGCUAGAAAAAUUAUUUUCCACUCCAGAAAUUAAUGAUCAUGAGCUCGUAUUUGAUGGAGUCUAACUACAUUGAUCCGAAAUUUCCUCCAUGCGAGGAAUAUUCGCAAAAUAACUACAUCCCCGAGCAUAGUCCAGAAUAUUACAGCCGCGCGAGGGACACUGGCUACCAGCAUCACCACCAGGAGUUAUAUCCUCCGCGGGCGAGCUACCAAGAGCGCCAGUAUAACUGUGCAAGCAUCCCUGAGCCCGACACGCCAAGGGGACAUGGAAUACCCCACUCUGCGCACCUGCUGACAGGGAAAGGGCAGCCUGCUUCAUGUGAAACCCCACAGUUGUCCAUGUCCCCCGCCACGCCACCGGCCGCAACCUCCGCCUGCAACCAAGCCACCCCGGAGCAUCCAAACAGCACAGCCUCCUCCAAACAGCCCGUGGUGUACCCGUGGAUGAAGAAAAUUCACGUCAGCACUGUGAACUCUGGUUACAAUGGGACGGAGCCCAAGCGGUCUAGGACAGCUUACACCCGCCAGCAAGUCUUAGAAUUGGAGAAGGAAUUCCACUAUAACCGAUAUUUAACUCGGCGGAGGCGCAUCGAGAUCGCGCACACCCUGGUUCUCUCCGAGCGACAGAUUAAAAUCUGGUUUCAGAACCGCAGGAUGAAAUGGAAAAAGGACCACAGGCUCCCGAACACCAAAGUGAGAUCGUCCUCGUCCUCCUCCGGGUCCAACACAGGCUCAGCGGCCGGCGCUGCAGCGGCCGCCUCGGCCACUAACACUGGGGCCCCCGACGAACUGACCGGAGCACAGCAUGGCGAGGACAUUACCAGGUUAUAAAGCCACGGCCAGAGAACAGAACUGCUUAUUUAUAGAACGAUUCUAUAUUUUGUUUUCGUAGCUAUCUUGUGCGGUUUCCUUUAAGUCCAAAGUUAUAUAAAAUGCAUGUUAUAUAGCAUGGAUUACUGCGAAUACCGAUGGAUUAUUUUUACGUGACAACAGGGUUUAAUUUAUUUGAAGUUCAAUUAAAAUGAUGUUUUUUAUUGAAAAAAAAAUGUUUUGAAUGAAGGAAGAAAAAAGUAGAAAAAAAAUAUACAUUUUAUCAAAAUGUUAUUGUGGGCCAUUCUUUUGCCCUGCUGCCCAAGGUGAAAUGCACAAUCUAUUUAUUUCAAACAACACUGGAAGGAAAUCACUAUAAUAAUAGUUAUUUUUGGUAUAU